GCACUUCGUAGGGCUGCGUGUGGAUCAUUAGGAUAUUUUGUACAGUGAAACAUUCUAUCGCAGGUCAGGUUGUAAAUAUCGCUGAAAAUCCCAGAGAAUCUCGUUUCAUAGAGACUAAAUAUACUUCUCCUUUACCUGUUUCGUUCAUUCGUGAAAUUGAGUCCAUGCAAGUCACUGCUGUCGCAGUGCUCCGCGCUAUAAAACCAACGAAGAGGCUAUUGGAAUAAUGGGAUUGAAUUCUUCAUGAAUCAUUAAGUGUUUCCAAAACAUCAUAUUCAUGUUGGGUAUUUAUAAGUUUGUUUUGAUUUCCAUACCAACAAGGAGUUUUUAUUUCUGUACAUUAACAUUGAACAAUCAAGAAGGACAAGAUGAUGAAAUUGCUACGAAUUUUACUGCUUCUUCUCUUUCUUAGCUUCGAAAGUACACUCCGAAGCAAUGCAGAAGUCACCCAGGAAGGAGAGCGAUUCAGGAUGAAACUGAAAGAGGUGUUUGACGACCGCCCCGAAAGCGAGCUCGUUUUCGUGCUUGACUCGUCAGGAAGCGUCAGCGUAAGUCAGUUCAAAGCGGCAGUCGACUUCGUUAACAUCUCAUUGACGCUUAUAAGUGUGUCUGCGAGUACGACACGAGUGGCAGUCAUCUCGUAUUCGAGCUGCGAUAAGAUAUAUACUAGUGUUGACUACAUCAGCUCGUCUAUAGACAAAAACAAAUGUACGUUUGGUCAGGAUUUAAGAAGUGUUGAGUACGAUGCUGGCGGGACGUGUACUGCAGAAGCUCUACAGCGUGGUCGUGAGGUCCUGACCAAUGCGCGUCCUGGUGCCCAAAAAGUUCUGAUGCUUUUAACUGAUGGUUCAUCUAAUGAUGGUGGUUCUCCUACUCCCAACGCCGAACUUCUUAAAGGUGACGAUGUUCUUAUAUUCACAAUCGGCAUUGGUAAUAUCAAUAUAGAGGAGCUGAACGCUGUCGCAACCAAUGUGAACGAAUACAAGUAUAUCCUCGCCAACUUUGGCGAUGUUUCGAAGCUAGCUACCGUGACGAAACUAGACAUCAAGGAUUUCGAUGCGUACUUCGACAUAGUGCAAGAUGCCCAAUGUGACCGUCCGUGCGACGACCGUGCUGUCUGCACAUGCGCUACCCGUAGCGGUUCAACUGGCUGCGCAUGCGAAGCUGGCUUCACGGGCGAUGGAAAUUCGUGCCAAGAGUGUCCCAUUGGAACAUACAAGACAAGCUAUGGGAACGGCCCUUGCGAUGACUGUCCUAUGCAUUCUACGACUACAUCUGCGAGGAGUAGUAGUAGAUCGGACUGCUAUUGUGAUGAUGGGUAUGAGGGCAACCCAGGCGAAGUAGGAGGCACUUGCCAAUUGAUACGAUGUCCAGAUAUAAAUAAUGCAAACGGAAAUGGUGUGAUCAUGGAUGACUGCGAUGUGACAUUUUAUUCAACCUGCCAGUUUCAAUGUCGAGAUGAUUACCGACGAAUAGCAGGCGACCAACAGAUCACGUGCUUUGCAUCAAAACAAUGGUCGGGAACGCCACUACAGUGCGAAAAAAUCACAUGCCCUCCGCUGCCGGACCCAAACAACGCCGUUCGUACCUGCAACACCGCUGACCGCAGCAUCGGUACCGCUUGUGAGCUGCAAUGCGAACCGGGGUAUGAAUUCAAACAGGAUGCGGUAACCGAAGUCACAUGUCAGAGGGAUAGUGAAACUACCGCUCAGUGGUCUGCCGAUGAUACCGAACAGGACCCGUGCAAAAAGGUAUCUUGUCCUCCCUUAUCUGUCGUCAACCCUUUGCGUAUGCAGCCAGCUGGCAUCUGCUUGGAGAUCCCCAGAUUCGGCCAGAUGUGUACGUACGAUUGUAAGCCUGGAUAUCAAGCUGAAGGAACCGUUGAUACUGUCACCUGUCAGGCUAAUGGGACUUGGGACCCUCCUGCUGCCAACGUAAGAUGUCGAGACAACACGCCCCCGGUUUUAAUCUGCCCCGAUGACAUAAGCAACCCAACGGACCCCUUCAUGUCAACUUGCCGAAUCAACUGGGAACUGCCUGACGCCACUGAUAAUACCGGUGUCCCUGUCAAACUGAGAUCAACACACUCGCCUCCGUAUCGGUUUGACAUCGGUACUACAACGGUGAUGUACUCUGGUACCGACUUGGAGGGGAACAUGGCAAACUGCAGUUUCACUAUCACGGUCAGAGACGAGGAACCUCCAAGAAUCGGGAACUGCAACGGCGAAUUCAAUGCCAUUGAUCCAGGUUUGGAUCCAUCUGGAGGCCUUGACAUCGACGAUGAGGAUUGGAAUACGAGCAUAAUUGACGAUAACUCUGGGUCCGUAUCUGUAGAUAUACUCGGUGUCCCAUCGGGGUCCAAUUUUCCUCUGGGAGAAUCAGAAGUUGUUGCGAGAGCAACGGAUUCGUCUGGAAACUCACAAGACUGCAACACGACUAUCAUAGUGUCUAACUACUUCUGCCCGUUCUACCCCCCGCCACUGAAUGGUGCGGUGGCUUGCGCCAACGUAGCAGGUGGGCAACACUGCAGGGUAUCUUGUAAGAGAAAGUUCCACUUCACUGGGGAGGUGAAAAAUCUCUAUGCUUGUGUUCAAGAUGCGAAUGGUAAACACUUCUGGAGCCUACCGGAUGGCAGUAACACACGAUUGGAAAUGCCCUGGCCAGACUGUGCAAGCCCGCGUCGUGCCAAUGCUGGCCUCAUCAGAACCGGAUUUCGAUUCACAGGACCUUGCCUUGACAGUGAUUCACAGAACCAGACAAGGAUCAACUUCGUAUCGGUAUUCGAGCAUCUCAUAAACACAGGAGCUCUAGGUCCAUGUUCCCAACCGAGGGUCCAGUGUACGUUUGACGAUGUCGUUGUACAGUGUGGACAGACCCAACGACGAAACAAACGACAGGCAAUAGAUGGACGAGGAGGGACAGACGUUGUCGAGAUAACUUUCACAUUGCGUCUGGAGAUGAUGGAAACCGUUGGGCCAGAUUUCAAUAUCUUGGAAUACGUCGAAGCAGCUACUAUUUCCGCACAAGACAGUAUUGCCAGUGGUAACGUGACACUACGCGUGGGUGGAAUCGACUUGGCUCUGAGCGAUGAUCCUUUUCUCCAACUGGAAUAUUCAGUCAUAUGCGAGGCCGGCCAUGUUCCAUCAUCAAACGGGAGCUGCGUUCCUUGUGCCCCUGGAACUUUCGAGAACAUGGGUGUAUGUGAGAGAUGUCCGGUAGGAACCUUCCAAGACCAAUACGGCAAUACCACCUGCCGGAACUGCCCUGCGGACACAUCUACUGCCAACCCUGGAGCCAAGUCCGCCUUCAAAUGCAAAUCUCGUUGUCGGCCAGGAACCUAUUCCAUGAGUGGUGUUGAGUCGUGCAGCGCGUGUCCAAUUGGUACCUACGAGCCUGACCGUGGUUCAACAGAGUGUAACGCAUGUCCUGAUGGGUUGACAACAUGGACGAAUGGCAACACUGACGUCGAGUAUUGUACAAAUAUUUGUCCUCGAGGUACAUUUUCACCGACAGGGUUUGCUCCUUGCCAAGAUUGUCCUAAGGGAACGUACCAACCGCGAGCUAGUCAGACCUCGUGUACGCUGUGUCCUGGUGAUAAGUACACCCACCGUGAGAGGGCGCAUGCCAUACAGUACUGUCAGAUUAUCAACGAAUGCGAGUCGAAUCCAUGUGCGGAUGGAGCGACUUGUGUGGACAUCACGCGCGGCUACGAGUGCGUCUGCCCUCCCGGUUUUACGGGCGAUAACUGCGAAUUGGACAUCGACGAGUGCUACGGGAACGACGUCUGCCUGAACAACGGAACCUGCAUCAACCUAGUGAAUGCCUACGUUUGCGAGUGUGCAAAUGGUUUCAUGGGGGAGAACUGCCAGAUUAACAUAAAUGAUUGUCUUGAUGCCGACUGCCGUUAUGGCUCUACUUGUGUGGAUGGGAUAGCUUCUUACACCUGCGCAUGCGCUGAAGGUUUUGCGGGAGAACACUGCGAGAUUAACCUUUAUGACUGCGCUUCGGAUCCGUGUCAACAUGGGGGAUCUUGCAUCGAUCUCAAGUCUAACUUCAGCUGCUGCUGCGCCCCUGGCUACACGGGACGGUUGUGCGAGCUGACCAGUGACCACUGCCGAUCCUCCCCGUGCCAUGGAGACGCAACCUGUACAACGUCUAGGAACAGUUACACCUGCACUUGUCCGCCAGGGUUCCGGGGACGGGAUUGUGAGAUCAACAUUGAUGAAUGCCAAGAACUUAGCAUCACUUGUCAAAAUGGAGGGACCUGUGAGGAUGCUAUCGAUGGCUACAAUUGUAUCUGUCCUCUUGGCUUCAAUGGACGCCAUUGCCAAACAGAACUGCCGAAAGACUACGACCUGUCUUUCCCAGCCGCACGAACGGCUGACAGGGUUGCUUUAGAGGGAGUAUUACCCGACCUCUAUGAAUUCACCCUAGCUUUCUGGAUGAAGACUUCUGAUCAAGAUAACUUUGGAACUCCCAUCUCAUAUGCGACCAGAGGGCCAAAUGGCGCAAGCGACGUAGAUAACACCAUAACACUUUUAGACUACAAUAGCUUUGUCUUCUUCGUGAAUGGACAGUCGGCGUUUACGUACCAGCAGGCUAACAGCGACACCAACUGGCACUUUAUCGCAGUAACUUGGACCAGUGAAACUGGGGCCUGGGCGUACUAUCUGGACGGUUCGGAAGCAGCAUCGGGAACGGGUCUAUCUACUGGGACCUUCGUGAAAGGAAGAGGAAUUUUUAUUCUAGGCCAAGAUCAAGACACCUACAACGGAUCAUACGUCGCCAAGGAAACAUUCAUUGGGAGUUUAUCACAAGUUAAUAUAUGGGAUUACGCGAUGACUGGAGAGGAGGUUCGGUCGCUGAGAACCUGCUGCUCUCAGUCUGGUAACGCACUAUCUUGGGCCCAGCUGUCGACUGGUUUACGAGGAGCUUUGCGAAGAAGUGAAAGGUCGGAGAUCUGCAAUGUUGGAUCAUGUGGACAUCGAGGUGAUUGUCGUGGUCUGCAAUGCCAACAAGGGGGAGAAUGUACCAUUCAAAAUGGACAUCCAAUCUGUCAGUGCCCUGACGGUUUCACUGGACGACGUUGCCAAUUUGAUAUCAACGAGUGUUCGGUUAACAACGGAGGGUGUACUCAUCAAUGUCAGAACACCAUUGGAUCAUUUGUUUGCUCUUGUCGUCAAGGUUACGCCCUUCAACCCGAUCAAAAAACUUGUAACUCUGUAAACUUCUGCAAACACUAUGGAAAAUUUCAUUCGGCUGAGGAUACAUGGGAAGAAGACUGUGCCCAAUGUUCUUGCCAAAAUGGAAGAUCUGAAUGUGUACCGAAACCAUGUCCUAGACUACUCUGCCAAGAGAUGGAAACAGAGGUCAUUUUGCCUGGUGACUGCUGCCCCAUCUGUAUGCCAGAGAUGAAAACAUGUUCCAUGAGCAACAGUGGCAACUACGAAACAUUUGAUAAAUACGUAUUUGACCAGCACGGGGAAUGCCGAUACUUACUCACCCGAGACUACAGCGGUACUUCUAAUUUCGAAGUCCACGUAGAGCACCAAUUCAUCGACACCAAUCAAACCCGGCUCGGCAUAGCCGUUUUCGUGUACAUCGACUGUGUCGAAGUCAAGAUCACUGUCAGUGGCAGGGUGUUCGUCCAAGACGAAGUCGUCUCGCUACCGUAUGCACACCGCAAGCCGGCGAACGUUCGCAUUGCACAGGUCGGGGACGGAGAUAUCGAGGUUUUCUCAAAUAAGGGAUUGACCGUGACGUGGUCGCAGUCGGGCGGGGUCCGCCUGGAUUUGACCGUAACGCACCGUUCCGGCGUCCAAGGAUUGUGCGGGAAUAUGAAUGGGAACAAGAAAGACGAUAAGAUGACGAGGCAAGGUAUCUCAACAUCCAAGAACAAGGAAUUGCUCCACAGCUGGAAAGUCGAAGGAUACAAGUACUGCAAGCAAAGAAAUACUCGUCCUUUGACUUUCGGCUACCUGAAAAUCGGAAGCUGUUCCUCGGUCAGCUACAAAGACUUUGGCCUUGCGUUUAAGAAAUGCCGCGUUCUCCUCAAGAAAGCCUUCAAGGACUGCAACAAGAUGGUGGAUCCGAAGCCAUACAUCACUAAUUGCAUUGAGGAUGCCUGCACGUGUGGCGUUCGUCAGCCGUGCCACUGCGAGGCUGUUUCAUCUUACAAUAACGAGUGCCAUCGCCAGCUUGGUCAGGAGAUUCAAGGCUGGAGAAAGUUAUCCUAUUGUGCAUUAGAAUGUCCAUCGUCGAUGGUAUAUGAUGAAUGUGGUCCCCCGUGCCAACCUACCUGUUCGGACCCCGAUGGAGAACGGUGUGCGGCCCCCACGACCGCCUGCGUGGCUGGGUGCCAUUGCCUGGCGGGCCAGGUGCUGCUUAAUGGCGCCUGCAUCAGUAGAAGACAGUGCUGAAGGUCACCACACCUGAACUUAUAUAAAGAAAAGUUCCCAGCUAAUUAUAUAUAAUUGUGAUUAAAAACAUUUCACUGUGUUAUGUUAUGUUUACUUCCUCUCGAAUCGGGACAGAAGCCUCAGAAUAUAGUUAUUAAAUUAUUUAGAAGAAAGAUUGAAGAACAGAAAUGUCUUAAUCAACGAACGUAUAUGGGUGUCUACUCAUAAUGCAGCACUCAGUGGCUUAACUACGGGGGGGCACGUGCCCCCCCCCUUAAUCGGCUGGCGAAAAAAAGAGAGGGAGAAUAGAAGACAAACGUGAGCGGGAAAGAAGAAAUUAUUUUUCAUUAUAAUUAUGUUAUAUUACAAGAAACAUUUUUUUAUAACUUUAUAGAACAUAAUUUGCUCAGGGCCUAUGUCUUCAUUGUUCCUGGUGCUCGCAUUGUCUGUUUAACGAGAUAUAUAAUCCUGUUGUACUAAAACCUCCCGUUUUCAAGUCAAUAUACACCAAAUAUAUUUCCUCGCACUUCGAGUUAUUAUUGUUUUAUGUAGUGACAUCUGCUUCUUUUUCAUGACUACUUAAAGUGAUUGCCCCAUUUUAAGGUCUUAACAUAAAACAUUUCCUGUCCGUGCUUACGUUCGCAUUAUUGGAUUGGUGAUAUAUGUCUGCUUUUCAUGAAUUCCUAAAAUCAGUCCUUAAAAUGUCCCUUUUUCUAAUGUGAAUAUCAACAAUUUUCAGCUCGCGCUUCGCGCUCGCAUCAUUCGGUUAGUGAAAUACGUAUGGUCUUAGUGAAUUCCUACAAACAAGCCUUAGAAUGCCCCUCUUGAGUCACGCGCUUCGCGAGUGACUCAAAAUUUUUGCUGGUGCCCCCGCAAUGCCGUGACCCACAGUACGCCACUGGCAGUACUUACUCUGGUACUGAUAUGUUGACGCCCUCUACGUUCGUUUGCAUUGAUUAAUAGUAAUCCACCACUGAUUUGUUCAUUAUUACUAUACACUAUGAUAGUAUUCAGAUCAGUGUUAUCCACUCUCUAGAUAAAUCGCAGUUCUUUUUUGUCUUCUUCUUUAUUGUGUGGUGCUAAUUGAAAAUAAUGUAAGAAUCGGUACGUGUGUUCCUACGUAUUUUACAUGUCCAUGUUUAUUUUUUAUCUAAAGUAUUACUCAGAAAGUAUUGAAAUGACUGUACGUGAUUAAUUGAUAUAGGCCUGUACAAUGUUAUGUAUCAUGCUGUUCAAUUUGAUCACAGAAAAUAGACAUAUGUUGUAGAAGUUGAAUUUGAUUAAGAUUUAAGAUAAUGCUUUAACUACAAAAAACGUUAUUCCAAUAGAAUUUACAAUGUGAAUAUUUUUAUUCGUAUUGUUUCAUUAGUUUAUUCCAUUUGUUUCUAAUUAAAACGCGUUUUAAUUGUGUCGUGGGGUUGAUAUCCCUUUUUAAUGUAAAAUAUUCUCUAUCCAACCGGAAUUAAGUCGUCAACAAUAUUUCACACCACAAUGGAUAUUUAGACAUGUCAAUUAGAUCUUUGUAUAUAUAAUACUUUAUAUAAAUACUUUAUAAAUACCAUAGCAUUGUGACACACCGCCCCAAUGACGGAAAGAACACAGUGAGGCAAAGUAUUGAUCACAGUGUUUUCAUAAUGUGUUCACAGUUUGUUUUCAGUAUGUCCACAGUUUGUUCAUAUUGUGUUCACAGUGUGUUCACAAUGUGCCCAUAGUGUGUUCAAAGUAUGUUCACAGUGUGUUAAUGUGUGUUCAUAGUGUAUUCACUGUGUGUUCAUAAUGUUUUCAUAGUAUGUUCACAGUAUGUCCACAGUAUAUUCACGGUAUGUUCAUAGUUCGUUCUCUUUAUGUUUACUGCGGCUUCAUAGUGUGUUCCCAAUGUGUUCAUGGUGUAUUCUAUGCCAAGAUGUCAUUCACACUGUUGGUUAAAUUGCCCGAAUUUAACAGUGUGAGGAAAAUCCCACGCUUCGUUCCACACUUUUGAAACAUGCACUUUGGAUACUGUGAGAUGAAGGACUUUCUUACUCACCCCUGUAUGUGGGUGAUCCUGGCCCAUUAUGGAAAAAAAACGCAUUAUUACAGUUAUUAAAAUUCAGUUUGUAUUUUUUUUUUUUUUUUUUUUUUUCUCUUUA